GUUUUUUGGAGAGUAAAAGUGUCGACCAAGAAUUGACUGAUAUUGAACGAUUUGUUGACAGUAAAACUUCUCACUCUAGAAACCCAUUCAUAAUAAGCCUUCGGCAGUGAGUCAACACGUAAACACGAUGAAUAUUUUGAAGACAGUUACGCGCACUACAAAUCUCAUCAUCGAGCUGACAUUCUUAUCCUUCCGAGUGACGUUAUCGGUGCUGGCAACUGGUUUCAGAUGUGUCAUUCCACCUUUCAAGAAGAGUCUGUUGGGUGAAACGGUUUUGGUGACCGGUGCUGGCCACGGGAUUGGAAGAGAACUGGCUAUCAAACUUGGUGAAAUGGGCUGUAUAGUUGUUUGCUGGGAUAUAAAUAAGGAUCAUAAUCUACAUACGAAGAAUGCGAUAGUCGAUGCUGGAGGAGAAGCUUAUGAUUUUGUCGUCGAUGUAUCGAACAGAAUUGAAGUUCGAGAAGCUGCGAGAUUGAUGCGGAAAUAUCGUGUGCCAGAUGUAACCAUUCUUAUCAACAAUGCCGCUGUACUCAUGCAUAAACCAUUUAUUGAUCACGAUGUUGAUGACGUUGAGAGGACCUUUGGGGUCAAUGUUUUUUCUCAAUUCUGGACUGUCGAAACAUUUCUACCUAGCAUGCUGCAGAAUAAAAAAGGUCAUGUUGUGGCGAUUUGCAGUCUUUGUGGGGUUUAUGGAGUGGCGCAAAAAGUCACCUAUUGUGCAUCAAAAUUUGCAAUUCGAGGAUUGAUGAAUGGACUUCGUGAAGAAUACAAAUCCAAGCCAUUUGUUCACUUCACCACAAUCUACCCCUUCUACGUAGCCACUGGUCUAGCCCAGGAUCCAAAAUACAGGUUCUCAUGGAUUUUUGGGGCGAUUUCACCAGAAUAUGCAGCGGGAGAAAUUAUUAAGUCGGUGCAGAGAAAUUAUAACGAUUAUAUCAUUCCAAAAUGGCUUUAUCCUCUCAACUCCAUUCUAGGGAUCCUUCCACAAUCAUCAGUGGAUUUGAUUCUCAAUUUCCUGUCUUGCAAAAAAUCUCAGAAGUGAUUUGACAAAUUAGUUU